AUGGCCUUUAGAAAUAAAUUACCAACUCUAACAUUGUUAAUUAUAUCACUAUUGUCAUUAUUUGCUACCACCACGAGUGUCAAGUUUAUAACAUUCGAUCUAGACAAAUUUAGUCUGGAUUCCAAACUAUUUUCGGAAAUAAACGACACUGCUGAUUGCGAAAAAUAUUUAGAGCUGACACCGCAGGAAGGCACCCAAUUUGGUGAUAUUUUGAUUGGAGAAAAACGGAUUGUCAGGCCAAGCACAGUAAGUAAUAGGCGGGUUAUGGUCUGUCUAGCUGGGCAACAGAUAGACCAAGUUUACAUUAAAUCCAUACGAAUUUUAGACGAUUCGGAUAGGGAAGAGAAGGUAUAUAUUUACACGCGCACUCAAUAA